AUGGGGGACUGGUCCAUUCUUGGCCGCUUCCUAACGGAGGUGCAGAACCACUCCACGGUGAUCGGCAAGAUCUGGCUGACCAUGCUGCUGAUCUUCCGCAUCCUGCUGGUGACGCUGGUGGGCGACGCGGUCUACAGCGACGAGCAGUCCAAGUUCACCUGCAACACGCUGCAGCCCGGCUGCAACAACGUCUGCUACGACACCUUCGCCCCCGUCUCGCACCUGCGCUUCUGGGUCUUCCAGAUCGUGCUGGUCUCCACGCCGUCCAUCUUCUACAUCGUCUAUGUGCUGCACAAGAUCGCCAAGGACGAGAAGCUGGAGAUGGAGAAGGUGCAGGUGCAGGCCAAGCGGGAGAGGCCAGGUGGGGAGGGCGAGGAGGCCCUGGAGGCCGCCACUCCCGCCUUCAGCCCCCUCCACGAGGAGGAGUGGGGCCCCCAGGAGGGGGAGUGUGUGGAGCAGAGCCUCCUGGAGGAGGAACUUGGGGAGGUGGGGAAGGACCCCACACAGCUCUCCAGCCAGGUACUGCUCAUCUACAUUGUCCACGUGGUGCUGCGCUCCAUCAUGGAGAUUGCCUUCCUGGUGGGCCAGUACUACCUGUUUGGCUUUGAGGUGCCUCACCUCUUCCGCUGCGAGACCUACCCCUGCCCCAACCGGACCGACUGCUUCGUGUCCCGGGCCACCGAGAAGACCAUCUUCCUCAACUUCAUGUUCAGCAUCAGCCUGGGCUGCUUCAUCCUGAACAUUGUGGAGCUGCACUACCUGGGCUGGGUCUACAUCUUCCGGAUCCUCUGCUCGGCCUGCUCCACCUGCUGUGAGCCGGACAGGGACCCCGCCGAGCGGGCGGGGCUCUACAACAUCCACAACCCCCUGCUGCUCCAGCUCAAACACUCUCUGCGGGGCCGGGUGGUCCUGCAGACCCCGCCGCCCCUGUCCCAGGAGAAGGCGAGCGGCCUGCCCACGCACGCUCCCGCCAUCUCCUUCGAGACGGACUCCACCGUCGAGUGCACAUCCAAACGGAGCCCUGACGAGAAGGAGCGCACCAAGGCCAAGCUGGCCAACAUGGCCAAACUGGGGCGAGGCAAAAAGUCUUGGCUGUGA